AGAUAUCCGCCCCUGACACCAUUCCUCCCUUCCCCCUCUGCCCCGGGCAUAAAAGGCGCCAGGUGAGGGCCUCGCCACUCCUCCUGCAAUCGCAGCUCCUCUGGCCUGUGUCACUCCGUUCUCCUCCUUGCCAUGACUUCGUACAGCUAUCGCCAGUCGUCGGCCACCUCGUCCUUCGGGGGCCUGGGCGGGGGCCUGGGCGGCUCCGUGCGCUUUGGGGCGGGGGGAGCCUUCCGCGCGCCCAGCAUCCACGGGGGAUCGGGCGGCCGCGGCGUGUCGGUGUCUUCCGCCCGCUUCGUGUCCUCGUCCUCCGCGGGCUAUGGCGGGGGCUACGGCGGCGGCUUUGCCAGUGGCCUGGCCGGGUCCGACGUGCUGCUGGCGGGCAACGAGAAGGCCACCAUGCAGAACCUCAACGACCGCCUGGCCUCCUACCUGGACAAGGUGCGCUCCCUGGAGAAGGCCAACGGCGAGCUGGAGGUGAAGAUCCGCGACUGGUACCAGAAGCAGGGGCCCGGGCCGUCCCGUGACUACAGCCACUACUUCAAGACCAUCGAGGACCUGCGGGAAAAGAUUCUUGGUGCCACCAUUGAGAACUCCAGGAUUGUCCUGCAGAUUGACAAUGCCCGUCUGGCUGCAGAUGACUUCCGAACCAAGUUUGAGACGGAGCAGGCCCUGCGUCUGGGCGUGGAGGCCGACAUCAAUGGCCUGCGCCGGCUGCUGGACGACUUGACCCUGGCCAGGACCGACCUGGAGGUGCAGAUCGAGAACUUAAAGGAGGAGCUAGUCUACCUGAAGAAGAAUCAUGAGGAGGAAAUCAGUGUCCUGAGGGGCCAGGUGGGUGGUCAGGUCAAUGUGGAGGUGGAUUCUGCUCCGGGCGUCGAUCUUGCCAAGAUCCUGAGUGACAUGCGAAGCCAAUAUGAAGUCUUGGCUGAGCAGAACCGGAAGGACGUGGAAACCUGGUACACGGGCCAGAUCGACAUACUGAACAAAGAGGUCACCAGCAACAAGGAGCAGCUCCAGAUCAGCAAGUCCGAGGUCACUGACCUGCGGCGUACCCUGCAGGGUCUUGAGAUUGAGCUGCAGUCACAGCUUAGCAUGAAAGCCGCCCUGGAAGGCACCGUGGCGGAGACAGAGGCCCGCUAUGGAGCCCAGCUGGCGCAGAUCCAGGGGCUGAUCAGCGCUAUUGAAGCCCAGCUGGCUGAGGUGCGUGCUGACAGUGAGCGGCAGAAUCAGGACUACCAGCGGCUCAUGGACAUCAAGUCGCGGCUGGAGCAGGAGAUCGCCACCUACCGCAGCCUGCUUGAGGGCCAGGAGGCCCACUACAAUGACCUGCCCACCUCCAAGGUCAUCUAAGCAGGCUCCUGGGCUUCUGCCCUCCUGCAGAGGGAUUCCCUGGGUAGGAGGCAUGGGCAGGGAGGGACCCUUACCCCUGGCUCUUCCCCUGACCUGCCAAUAAAAUUUUAUGGCCCCGGGG